AUGAGCUGUCGCCUGCAGAGCUCCUCCACCAGCUACGGCGGUGGCUUCGGGGGUGGCUCCUGCCAGCUGGGAGGAGGCCGCAGCGUCUCCACUUGUUCUACCCGGUUUGUCUCCGGAGGCUCAGCCGGGGGCUACGGGAGCGGCGUGGGCUGCAGCUUUAGUGCUGGAGCUGGUAGUGGCUUCGGAGGUGGCUUCGGAGGUGGCUUCGGAGGUGGUCUUGGCGGUGGCUUUGGUGGAAGUUUUGGCGGUGGCUUCGGUGACUUUGGCGGUGCCGACGGCGGCCUCCUCUCCGGCAAUGAGAAGAUCACCAUGCAGAACCUCAACGACCGCCUGGCCUCCUACCUGGACAAGGUGCGCGCCCUGGAGGAGGCCAACGCCGACCUGGAGGUGAAGAUCCGGGACUGGCACCUGAAGCAGAGCCCCACCAGCCCGGAGCGUGACUACAGCCAAUACUACAAGACCAUUGAGGAGCUCCGGGAGAAGAUCCUGGCCGCCACCAUCGACAACAACCGGGUCAUCCUGGAGAUUGACAACGCCAGGCUGGCUGCCGACGACUUCAGGCUCAAGUACGAGAAUGAGCUGGCCCUGCGCCAGAGCGUGGAGGCCGACAUCAACGGGCUGCGCAGGGUGCUGGACGAGCUGACCCUGACCAAGACCGACCUGGAGAUGCAGAUUGAGAGCCUGAAUGAGGAGCUGGCCUACAUGAAGAAGAACCACGAGGAGGAGAUGAAGGAGUUCAGCAACCAGGUGGUGGGCCAGGUCAACGUGGAGAUGGACGCCACCCCGGGCAUCGACCUGACCCGUGUGCUGACAGAGAUGAGGGCACAGUACGAGGCCUUGGCAGAGAAGAACCGGCGGGACGCCGAGGAAUGGUUCAACAGCAAGAGUGCCGAGCUGAACAAGGAGGUGUCUUCCAGCACCGCCAUGAUCCAGACCAGCAAGACAGAAAUCACAGAGCUCAGGCGCACGCUCCAAGGCCUGGAGAUUGAGCUGCAGUCUCAGCUGAGCAUGAAAGCUGGGCUGGAGAGCACGGUGGCGGAGACGGAGUGCCGCUACGCCCUGCAGCUGCAGCAGAUCCAGGGGGUCAUCAGCAGCAUCGAGGCCCAGCUGAGCGAGCUGCGCAGUGAGAUGGAGUGCCAGAACCAGGAGUACAAGAUGCUGCUGGACAUCAAGACACGGCUGGAGCAGGAGAUCGCCACCUACCGCAGCCUGCUCGAGGGCCAGGACGCCAAGUAG